GUAGUUGUUGUUGACUGCAGCAGUAGUAGCAGCAACAGUAGUAGCAGUAGUUGUUGUUGACUGCAGCAGUAGUAGCAGCAGUAGUAGUAGCAGUAGUUGUUGUUGACUGCAGCAGUAGCAGCAGCAGCAGUAGUAGCAGUAGUUGUUGUUGACUGCAGCAGCAGUAGCAGCAGUAGUAGUAGCAGUAGUUGUUGUUGACUGCAGCAGUAGCAGCAGCAGCAGUAGUAGCAGUAGUUGUUGUUGACUGCAGCAGCAGUAGCAGCAGUAGUAGUAGCAGUAGUUGUUGUUGACUGCAGCAGUAGCAGCAGCAGCAGUAGUAGCAGUAGUUGUUGUUGACUGCAGCAGUAGUUGUAGCAGUAGUUGUAGCAGUAGUUGUUGACUGCAGCAGUAGUAGCAGCAGUAGUAGUAGCAGUAGUUGUUGACUGCAGCAGUAGCAGCAGUAGUUGUUGACUGCAGCAGUAGUAGCAGCAGCAGUAGUUGUUGUUGACUGCAGCAGUAGCAGCAGUAGUUGUUGUUGACUGCAGCAGUAGUAGCAGCAGUAGUAGUAGCAGUAGUUGUUGACUGCAGCAGUAGUAGCAGCAGUAGUAGUAGCAGUAGUUGUUGACUGCAGCAGUAGCAGCAGUAGUUGUUGACUGCAGCAGUAGUAGCAGCAGCAGUAGUUGUUGUUGACUGCAGCAGUAGCAGCAGUAGUUGUUGUUGACUGCAGCAGCAGCAGUAGUUGUUGACUGCAGCAGUAGUUGUUGUUGACUGCAGCAGUAGCAGCAGUAGUUGUUGUUGACUCCAGCAGCAGUAGUUGUUGUUGACUGCAGCAGUAGUAGUUGUUGACUGCAGCAGUAGCAGCAGUAGUUGUUGUUGACUGCAGCAGUAGUAGUUGUUGACUGCAGCAGUAGCAGCAGUAGUUGUUGACUGCAGCAGUAGCAGCAGCAGUAGUUGUUGUUAACUCCAGUAGCAGCAGUAGCAGCAGUAGCUGUGUUGACUAGAAUAGCAGCAGCCGUAGUGGUGAAAUAAGUUCCACAUUCGCACGAGAACGGCAGCAGCAGCUGCUGCAGCUGCAGCAGGGACCAUGAAGACCUCGCGGCUGCUCCUGCUGCUGCUACUCGGCUCCUGCUGCUUCUUCUCCUGCUGCAGCUGCAGCAGCGCAGCGCGGAGUGUGGAGGGGGGUCCAAGCCAGGGGGGGCCCAACGUGGUGUUCGUGCUCACUGACGACCAGGACGUGGUCCUGGGGGGCAUGACCCCGCUCAAGAAAACCAUCGCCCUCAUCGGAGACGAAGGGGCGACCUUCACCAACGCGUUUGUCGCGAGCCCGCUGUGCUGCCCCAGCCGCAGCAGCAUCCUGACGGGCAAGUACCCGCACAACCACGGCGUGGUCAACAACUCGCUCUCGGGCAACUGCAGCAGCGCCGCGUGGCAGAAGCUGCAGGAGGCGGACGCCUUCCCCGUGCACCUCCGCCGCGCUGGCUACCACACGUUCUUCGCCGGGAAGUACCUCAACCAGUAUGGUGACAAGUCUGUUGGGGGAGUGGCGCAUGUGCCUCCAGGGUGGGACGUGUGGAAUGGCCUGGUGCAAAACUCCAAGUACUACAACUACACGCUGUCUGUCGACGGCAAGCUGGAGGAGCACGGAGCGGACUACGGCAAGGACUACCUGACGGACCUCAUCGCGAACCGCUCCCUGCACUUCCUGGACGGCUGGAGCCGCCGCCUCGCAACGCCGUUCUUCAUGAUGCUGUCGACGUCGGCCCCCCACUCUCCCUGGGACGCGGCCCCCCAGUUCCAAAACAGCUUCGUCGGAACCAAGGCCCCCCGCGACGGCAGCUUCAACGUGCACGGCAAGGACAAGCACUGGCUGAUCCAGCAGGCCAAAACGCCGAUGUCCAAUGACUCCAUCAACUUCCUGGACAACGCCUUCAGGAAGAGGUGGCAGACCCUGCUGUCCGUCGAUGAGCUCGUGGAGCGGCUCGUGAAGAAGCUGUCGUCGCUCAACCUCCUCAACUCCACCUACAUCUUCUUCUCCUCUGACAACGGCUACCACUCAGGGCAAUUCUCGCUGCCCAACGACAAGCGGCAGCUGUACGAGUUCGACAUCCGCGUGCCCAUGCUUGUGCGCGGGCCGGGAAUCAAGGCCAAGCAGAUCCUGCGGGCUCCCGUCAUGAACAUCGACCUGGGGCCUACCUUCCUGGAGCUGGCCGGAGUGAACGUCUCCCAGACGCGGAUGGACGGCAUGUCCAUGGUGCCUCUGCUGCACCCCGUGGACAAGGCAGCGGCGGCGCCAGCGUGGCGCUCGGACUUCCUGGUGGAGUACCAGGGGGAGGGACACGACGCCGACCCGGCCUGCCCCAAGCUGGGCCCAGGAGUCGCGGAGUGCUUCCCCGACUGCGUGUGCGAAGAUGCGUUCAACAACACGUACGCAUGCGUCCGCACGCUCUCCGGCACCGUCGACCUUCAGUACUGCGAGUUUGCCGACGCCCAGGCCACGGUGGAGCUGUACAACGUGACCGCCGACGCGCACCAGCUGACCAACAUCGUGAAGGCCGUGGACCCCAACCUGCUGGUCUCCAUGAACCAGCGCCUCAUGGCGCUGCAGUCGUGCGUCGGCGCGGCGUGCCGCAAGCCGGCGAGCGAGGCCCUCGGCCCGCUCUAAACACCGAAGUCACCGCAGCGUGGACGGACGGGAGGAGACGAUCUACGUUUCUUAAACACCUUCGACUAAAGGCGACGGGGGAGACGACGUGUGAACGGACGCGGCUCUCGGCACGCCACGGUGGCUAUGAGAUGUUAACUACCUCGCCUGGUCUACAGGAGGUCGUGGGUUCAAUCCCGAGCCUGACGCCUGCUGUACAUUUGGAGUUUGCGUGUCUCUCUCCCCGUAGUUGCGUGGAUUUUUCUCCAGGACCUCCGGUAUUUUCCCUCCACAAUUAGAAUCAACAUCAGACGGUUCAGAUUAUUCGGCUGGCUAUAAAUUUCCACGUGAUGAUGACGAUGAUGAUGAGCCACUCCGUUGAGAUAUCAUUUGUGAUUGCCACGUGGGCUCUGAAGAAGAGCUACGCAGCUCAGCGUGGCCUUAGCCGGUAAUUGAACAUGUUUAGUUUAACACGUAGGCUUUCGCGACCAAUAUUAUUCGCGCUUCAACACACCGGUGGGCUAAAGCAGUGAACUAAUUUGUCUUUUGUCAACGUGACACUUUUUUACUGAUUGGCCGUGUCGGGUGGUGGAGGGUUACGACACAUUUAUAAAUAACGCAAUCUAAACCUAAAAACGUUGAUUAUAUGAACAUGUUUAGUUUAGUUUAGCAAAGAGGACCGAUUACCGCCCGCGCCGUCCGCAACCCGCGAAGGUCGUCACGCGGGCAGCAGGGAUUUUCUCGCACUUUCGUCCAAACCAAGGUCGCUACCGUCGUCACGCGCGUCCGUGACGAUCCGCAAAAGGGAAUGUGUCCCGUCUCCACGCGCGCGAGGCUUCGUGCGCGUGGCGACAACGUGCGGUGCUCGCAGAGGCUCGUACCGCACGUUGGGGAACGGCAAUUAGACAUUUUACGUAACGUUCUGGGGUGUUGGCGGGGCAGGGGAAACAUCUGGUACCCAUAACGUAGAUUCCUGCCACGGCGCCAUGAGGCUCCCAUUGAAGCAACGCGGUGGUUUCAAAUCCGCACGCCCCUUUUUUUAACGAGCACAUCUCAUUCCAGGGGCACUGUGGUGGCCAGGAGAUGUUAACUCCCUCACCUGGUGUACAGGAGGUCCGUGGGUUUGAUCCCGACCCUGAAGAUGCCUGCUGUGUAUUGAGUCUGCGUCUGUCUCAUCAUCACCACGGUGGCUAGGAUAUGUUAGCUACCUCACCUGGUGUACAGGAGGUCCGUGAGUUCGAUCCCAACCCUGAAGAUGCCUGCUGUGUAUUGAGUCUGCGUCUGUCUCAUCAUCAUUACGGUGGCUAGGAGAUGUUAACUCCCUCGCAUGGUGUACAGAAGGUCCGUGGGUUUUAUCGCAACUCUGAUGCCUGCUGUAUAUUUGGAGUCUGCGUGUCUCUCUCAUCAUCAUCAUCAUCACGGUGGCUAGGAGAUGUUAACUACCUCGCCUGGUAUACAGGAGGUCCGUGGGUUUUAUCCCAAACCUGAUGCCUGCUGUAUAUUUGGAGUCUGCGUGUCUCUCUCUCCCCGUGGUUCGUGUGGAUUUUUCUCCGGGUCCUCCGGUUUUCCCCCCCUCCACAUUUAGAAUCGACGUCACGCGUUCAGAGUGUUUGGCUGCUGUACAUUUCUACGUGACGGUCAGCCCACACUCCGUUGAGCUAUCAUUUGUGAAACAAUUAGCUACAUUGCAACUCAGUGGGCCUCGCCUGGUAAGAGAAAGCCAUCCCCCGCUCGGCCGACACUGGGCUAGUUUGUGGGCUGCCUUGGCAGUUUCUACCUUUACUCAUCCAGUGUCGCCUAACCCUCAGCAUCCGCCAAGCCCUCAGGUUCAUUCCACUCGCCGUACGGCUGACGCAGAUGUGCAGAGCAGCAACUGCAGUGUCACAUUCAGGUGCGUCAAGCCAGGCAACCGCGCUAAGAGCGACGGAGUGGACCAUCGUCUAGAUUUGAAACUUUCGUGAAUGCAAGGAUUCAUAUUCUUAGGUUUUUUCCGUAAAGUCACGUAGGUAAAAAUUUUAAAUUAAUAUUUUAUUUUACUUUUAUUAAUUAAAUUUUUUUACCUACGUGACUUUACCGAAAAAACCUAAGAAUAUGGACCAUCGUCGCCGCCGAGAUGUCCGCUUCCUCUGUGCGGAUCGGGCAUUGCGUCGUUGUACGUUGCGCGGGGUCUGUGAACCCUGUUGAUAAUUGAAAGAAUGUGGGAUUGUUUACCUCCGGGAGUGUGGCGCACGGCAUGGGAGCGAGUUCACAGAGCUCACGUGGCUCUUGAAGAUUCGUUGCGAGAAACGAGCCACGUCCUUGAAGGGGCCAGCGCUGGAAACGCAGCGUCACCGACCGUCGCGCUCGCACGGACAAUCGGGAACAACCCCCACCCGGAGCUCCUCGUGGUCUCGUUUAAUGAGCGUGCGGCGACGCUGAAAGGACCGCGGUCAUCGGCCGGACCCUGCAGGGUGACGGUGAUGGACCUCGGUCUCGUGGUUUAUUGUUUUCAGCCAUGGGCACGAAAAAAAAGGAUUAUCGGUACCCAUCAUAUGUGGCGAAUGCUCUCCGUGAUUUUCUUGAUGCUUUGUAUCCCUGAAUUAGAAAUGUGUACGAUGGCGAGACCAGCGCGGUCGCUUUGUACGAGAUGAAUGCCGUUUAAAGAGUUGCCGUGGUACGUUUGACGGAGAAUAUAGCAUCGUUUUGGCAGAAUAAGGAAGAAAAUGAGACGGUACAUCUGCGAAGCUUUCUGCACGUGGUGGAAGCUCACGGCGUUUGCCACCUCGCGCUGAGUUGGUACCGACCACCGAGACUCCCGUGGCUCACGGGGCCCAAAAAAUAAAAAAUCUGCCCGUUGGCGGACGUUGCGCAACGUCGAGACUUCGACUCUCGCCAGCCCCAACUGCUCGUCAUCAUCAUCGCCGUCGCUGUCGUCAUCAUCGUCAUUGUCGCUGUCGUCAUCGUCGCUGUCGUCAUCAUCGUAGUCAUUGUCGCGGUCGUCGUCAUCGUCACUGUCGUCGUCAUCAUCGGCGUCAUCGACGCUGUCGUCAUUAUCGUCGUCGUCGUCAUCAUCGUCGUCAUCGUCACUGUCGUCAUCAUCAUCGUCACUAUCGCCGUCAUCACCGUCAUCGUCAUCAUCAUCGUCGUCAUCAUCGUCGCCGUCGUCACGCGUCCAGUUGUGUGCAGCGCGUUCGACCGGCUCGAGUUGUGUUUACUCGCGUGGAGGUUUGCGUUUGAUGGUUUUUGCGGGGGGGGGGCGGGUUGUGGGGCGAGGUGCGUUUCCGCAGAUUUUUCCGAUGGCAAAAUGUGAAUGUUCGUCUGUGACGCUGUGGUGCCUUACCUUGGGGGGGAGCGCGAAACGUCAGGGACGACGCCCUUGAGGGGGUUUUUUUUUUGGGCGUCGAUGGCACGCGCGCGUCGUUUUUCGCGGAGAUUGACCUCCGCCAAUCGGCCAAUCGGCUCUCCGACGGGCAAAUAAUAGCGACGGAAUCGCCGCCUCCUUCCUCUCACGCUCGGCGUGGGACGCUCCACCGGCGUUUCCUCUCGAGGGUUGGCGAUGACUUUGUUGGGCCCUGGGUUCUUUUUGUCUCUCUCUCUCUUCUGCCGACGCGAUUCAUCUCGGCGGAUCGAUGUGAACGCGCGUGUCGGGCU